GAAUCGAUAAAAAAUCUAAUAUCAUGGCGCGAAGUGGUCAAUUUGUGUAACAUUAGAGAAAUUGUAAACUUUUAUAAAACGAGAAGUAAUAAAUUAUUUAUUUGCAUUAUGUCGUUACUUUUUACAAACAAACACAGAUUUGAAAAUGAGUUCUGACAAAUAUGCUCAGCAUUUGAUCCAAAAAUACAGAUUAGCCGUAGCAAUAGCUGUGAUACAAACUAAUCCAGAAUCGAAAUCACUAGAUCACCAUUUAAUCGAUUUAAAAAAUAAACUAGUAUAUAAUGAUAAAAUGGCCGACGACAUUACUGUAUGCAGCGAUGAUUUUGAUGUCGAUUUUAAUGACUUUAAUGAUGAUGCUAGCCAAUACAGUGAUACUAUUUUAAAUAAUUUUAAUGAGGCGAAAAUAUCAGGCAAUAUUUCAUUACAAAAUGGUAAAGACGUCUUUCCUGAUAGUAUGGAUGUAGUUCAAGACAUGGUCAAUGAAGAAAGUCAGCAAAAUAACAACGAUUUUCAAUCAACGUUUUGUGAAACACAAACUCAGCUUGAUAAUUUCCUAGCUCCGAACAGCUUGACCGACAUUGAUAAAACUUUUUGCGAUAGUAUAUCACGAAUACACAAGGACAAUAUAAUGGAUAUCGAUAAGACUUGCAAUGAUAUAGCUAAAAUAUAUAAUAAUACUAAAAUCGAUAGAACCACCCAUUGUAUAGAUCAGGCAAAUAAGAGUAAUGACCAAAAUACUGAAGAUAUAAACAAUGAAAGCAGACCAAUAGCAGAUGUUAAUAAUACACAAAAUAAAAAUGAAAUCCCUAACGUAAAAAAUACAGGUUCUGUGAUUAUUACACAAUAUUUUGAUGGAAUCGCUUUCGAUUCUCAAGCAACAGAAUUAUGUACGAUACCGAUACCAUGUUUUGAAAAUACUCAUGUGACACAGAGCCAAAGCUUGAAUUUUGACGUAUCAGAUAAAUAUAUUAAAGGUAUAAAGAGAAGCAGUGGUGAUAAAGGUACAAAUGAUAAUAUAGAUGAUACGUCUGUUAAUACAAAUACAGAAUUCAGCCAUCAUAUCAAAGAUGCAAAUCUAGUACGGAAAAUAAACAAGAAUUUAGAGAAACAAAAUGUUAAUAUGCAAGUAGAAACGUACAAUUUUGAUCAGAAUACCCAAACUAUAGAUUAUAGAGGAAUUGGUGAACAAUUGAAGCAAACGCAAGUUCCUUGUGUUGUCUAUGAUUCAGAUUUGUUACCUAAGAAUUUCAAAAAAGAUAAUUUAGUUAGAAAGAUUUAUAAGAACCUAGAACAAGAAAACGGUGUACAAUGUAAAGAAAAUAACGACUUUGAACACGGUACACAAAUAAAUGUUAACACUAAUAAAGAUUAUGGAUUAAGCGAUAACACUUUACAAGAAAAACGACUUAACCCAAUUAAUAAUAACAUGCAAAACUUCACACAAGAGCUUUUUAACAUUGAUACAAGUCAAACUCACCAAUUUGAAACCCAAACUCAAAAUACAACAGCAAAACACGAAUUAUCAAGAAAUAACGCAGAAAAUAUGACUGUGCAAGUUUCAAAUUAUAGUCAAAGAACCCAUAAUGUUUUUAAUACUGAUAUCAAUAAAAAUAUUGAUGUUGACAAUGAUUCACAUGAAGAAUUUUCGCAAAUUGAACUAGUGCCUUUCAAAGUUAUGGAAGAAUUGAAUAGAGUCAAAGCAUAUUUGAAUAAAGGGGUCGAGAGGAGAUUGAGUAAUGAUUCGUCGUUUGAUUCUGGGUACAGGAGUGAUUCGCAAGGCAAGAACUCUCAAAUCAGAAGCAGAAGCGGAUUCCAGCUAUCAGGCAACUGGGUGGGUCAAGCAGGCUACUGCCUCUUCGACCAUCUCACCAAGUGCCCUCUAGUGGCCACCACGGAAGAAAUCCUGGCGGAGAUUUCGGAGGUCUUAGGUCAACUUAUAGACAGACUGCAUGAGCAGGAGUGUUACCCGUCAUUCCUGGAGGACUUACUGGAACAUGUGGAGUCUAUCAUACGCUGUGUGUUCACUGAACAAGAUUUGGUAUUUGAUAAAGACGAGAAAACACAACGGCUUUUACUACUAAACAAAUCCGUCCACAUACAAAAAUACAGCAUUGACAAACUGACAGACAUACUAGAAGACGCACACGCACGUUUCACGCACAAAGACGAUCUAUACGAACUUACAAACAUACACGAGACAGAAAACUUAUCAUAUAUAUUUCACAUACUAGAAAUAAUUUUGAGGAAAUGUUUGAGAAACAGAAAAACGGCCAGCCGGAGUCAAGAAACAGAGAAAUAUCAAUUAAGGAGUUCCAUUUCAGAUAUUUGGCGGAAAAAAUGGAAUCCCAAAUACAAGGAAGAUUUGAAAAUUGAUAGUGGUGCGGAGAAAAAGUGUGUUUUUAAGAAAUGCAAUGAAAUUCUGAAUAAAAUUGUCGUUGGAUCCAUGGAUGGAUAUAGUCUAGUGGCGUUUGCCGCUUUGCAAUGCUUUAAUUUGCUACAAACUUAAUUAAAAUAUAUCUACUUGUACAGUCAACAGCAUAUCAACUUGCCCGAAUGCAUUGCAAACUCGCCGUUAUUACCGCGCCAUGGAGGUUGAUGCAGGGUAACUCGAUGUGCUGUACCAAAUAUAAAAUUUUAUUUUUUAGUGUUAAUUGCUAACCACUGGUGUCAGACUAUAAAGUCGCCUAAAGGCAUCUAACAUGACUUUUACGACCACCUUUCGCGUCUCACAAUCAAUCGCAUACACACAGCGAACUGAGAACCAAUGUUUUCCUUCACCGGAAGCAAGUGGUGGACGAUGAAAACUACUAUACAGAUUGGUAUACAAACUUGUGUUGCACGAGUAGGAUUCGAACCUGGGACCUUUGGUCUUAACCACUUGACCACAACCAUUAAAUAAAUAGUUUUGAACAAGAAUUUUAGAAUGAAGCAUAAUAUACUUAGUAUUUGUAAAUACAAAAUUAGUAUUAAAAUUGUAAAAAAUAUUGAAUAUUUUAUAUAUAAUAUGGAAU